AUGGAUCCGCCGGCGGGCGCGCAGGGCCAGCACCAGCACGAGCCCAUCAGCUUCGGCAUCGACCAGAUCCUCAACGGCCCCGAGCAGGACAGCGCUCCCCCGCCGCCCCCCCGGGGCCCCGACGGCGCGACCUUCCUGGGCGGCCCCGGCGGCGGCCGCGGCGGCGCGCCCUACCCGGCGCUGCCGGCCCCCUUCCCCGCCAUCGCCGCGCCCUUCGAGGACUCUGGAUCUUACAGUGUGAACCUCAGCCUGGCCCCGGCCGGCGUGAUCCGGGUGCCGGCGCACAGGCCCAUCCCCGGGGCCGUGCCGCCGCCCAUCUCCAGCGCCAUCCCGGCCAUGCCCGCCGUGCCCAGCCUGGGCGGCCUCAACUUCCCCUGGAUGGAGAGCAGCAGGCGCUUCGUCAAGGACAGGUUCACAGCGGCGGCGGCGCUGACGCCCUUCACGGUGACACGGCGGAUCGGGCAUCCCUACCAGAACCGGACUCCGCCGAAGCGCAAGAAGCCGCGGACGUCUUUCUCCCGGGUGCAGAUCUGCGAGCUGGAGAAGCGCUUCCACCGGCAGAAGUACCUGGCCUCGGCCGAGCGCGCUGCCCUCGCCAAGUCCCUCAAGAUGACGGACGCCCAGGUGAAGACCUGGUUCCAAAACCGGCGAACCAAGUGGCGGCGGCAGACGGCGGAGGAGCGGGAGGCCGAGCGGCAGCAGGCGAGCCGGCUGAUGCUGCAGCUGCAGCACGACGCCUUCCAGAAGUCGCUGAACGAGUCGAUCCAGCCCGACCCGCUGUGCCUGCACAACUCGUCGCUGUUCGCGCUGCAGAACCUGCAGCCCUGGGAGGAAGAGAGCGCCAAGAUCCCCCCUGUCACCUCCCUCGUCUGA